AUAUAUUAAAAAAGCACAUUCUAUUUUGAAAGCAAAACAAUUUUUGAAAACGAAAACUAAUAUGAUGAAAAAGAAAGAAGAAGAAAUGAAUCAGUAUCUUAGGAAAUUACUUAGACAAGAUGUUAUUGAUAAACAACUGUUUUAUAGAUUACGUUCAACGUGCUCUUCGAUUGCCGUUAUGUAUGGACAACCAAAAGCGCAUAAAAUUAAUUAUCCACUGAGACCUAUAAUUUCGAACGUAGGUAGUUACAAUUAUGAAUUGUCAAAAUACCUAACAAAAGUUAUUGAACAACAUCGUCCAGAAAAGUCAUUUUCAUUUGUCAAAGAUACCUUCGACUUCGUUAAACGCUUAAGAGCAGUGAAAAAGAUUAACGAAAAAGUUCUAGUUUCAUUUGACGUAGACUCUUUGUUCACCAAUGUACCCGUUGAUGAAACUAUUGAAUUAAUUCUAAAGUUAAUUUACAAAUCAGGUAAACCAGGCGACGUACCAUUUGAACGUGACCAAUUCAAACAAUUGUUAGAAAUGGCCGUUAAAAACACACCAUUCAGAUUCCUAAACGAUUUUUACAUACAGCAAGAUGGAGUAUCAAUGGGCUCCCCACUGGGACCCAUCUUUGCCGAUGUGUUUAUGUCAAAAGUUGAACAGAAUUUAAAUCGAUUCUCUACUAAUAAACCACUGUUAUUCUUACGUUAUGUCGACGACAUAUUUUGCAUUUUAAAGAAAAAACAUAACAUUCCCGAUUUCUUGCAACGAAUGAAUAAAUGGCACAAAAAUAUAAAAUUCACUGUAGAAUAUGAAGACAAUAAUAAGAUACCAUUCUUAGAUACAAUGAUUAUACGAGAUGUUCAAAAUGAUAAAUUUCAAACUACGAUUUAUCGUAAACCAACCCAUACCGAUUUAUAUCUUCUCUAUGAUAGCAAUCAAUCUAGAAAAUAUAAACUAGGGUUAAUCAGAUCACUCGUCAUUCGUAUCUUACUAAUUUGCUCAUCGCCAUCCUAUUCAAAAACUGAAAUAGACAGAUUGAAAGUAAUACUGAAAAACAAUGGUUACCCAGAACAUAUCAUCAAACGAGGUGUAAGAGAAGGUGAAAUAAUCACAAAGAAUAUUAUUAAUAAACAACAACAAAGUCAAAACCUUCCACCAUCAUCACAGCUUAACAAAAAGAAAAUAUUAUUUUUCACAAUUCCUUAUUACGGUAAUGAAUCCACAGUAUAA